AUGGGCGGAGAAUCUGAGCGACGGUCUGGAGACGAUGACUCUGGUGGAGCUCUGAAGAACAUCGGCGACCAACUCCGACCAAAGAGUGAGGAUGAGGGGCCCUAUGAAGAGCCGAGAUAUUCUAAGACCGAGGACAAGAAGCCGAGAUAUUAUCCUCCAGCAGACGCGACCAUGACUGAUGUCUUUGAGACUGUGAGAGCGUCUGAGCAUCAACCCAAGCAAAACCCUGGGGUGAUUGGGCGUAUCACCCAGUCCCUGAACCCAUUCGGCGCCUCAGAGCCUUCUGCAGUUCCCGAGAGAGUGAAUGAGAAGAAGCCGAGCCACAAAUCAGAAACCUCAAGAGAAAAGAAACUUCAAAAGGAAGUAACCCAGCUACGAACUGAGAAGAUUUCUCUGAGCACGAGUCUCAAUAAUUUAACAAUCAAGUUUGAUUUACAAACCAACGAUCUUAAUGGCAAAAAGCGUCUCAUCAAGCAAUGGGAAGAUUGGAAAACCCAGUCCGACGAGCACUGGCGCAAACGAGGAGAGGAACUCAGGAAAGCACAAGGAGCUUACGAUCGCUUGUUUGAUGACUAUAAAAAGCUGAAGCGGACAAAAGAAGACCUCGAAACCGAGCUUAACGAGGAAAGAGAUGUGAACAAGACUCUGAGACAGGAUAUCCAGAACCAAGAGGUCGUUGUUACUGAGGCGCAUUCGAGGGCUAUAUCACUGCUGGCAGGCCAUGUCUCAAGCGACUUUCCUGACGACCAGGUUCGAACUGAACUACAGGACCUGUUUGAGAAGUGCUCUGAGUGGUGUAUAGACAAUCGCUUGCCGCUGAUCGAAAAGGCGGAAGAGACACGGAGCCUCAUGCUGGCUCAAGGCAUCAUGAACGACCUAGAUUGCGAGGAGCAUCUAAGAUUUGACGUGACGCACAGAACAGCUACAGCGGUGUUGCUCCAGGCUGCACUAACAAAGACGCUCAUGCAGACCUUUCUCGAAAACCCAUUCUUCCUAGGCCAACAUUACUUGAACAAAACAGCCCUGCAAGGAGGCGCCAGCACAGAAGCCACAGUGACGUGGAGGAUCCAGACUUGCCAAUACCUAGAGCAAGCAUUCCCCCCACACAACCAAGCAAUGCAAGCAUAUGCCGAGGGUUUCGCAAGAACCUACGAACCCCUCAUCGAGCCCCUCGACAGAGAAAGCCUCACGCAACUGACCAAGCUUUUUGCGACCACAUGCAGCCUUGCGCUAAGACUCUGGAAGCUAAGAACCAAUAUCCGCGUCGAGGCGCUAGGCGAUGCGACCCUCCAUCGGUUCCAGAGCAUGUUUGGCGACAUGGAGGCUCAUCCAACAGUUGGUCUCUUGAAAGGUGAUAAGCGGUUCGACAAUCGCCCGAUUUGUGUGGUAGUGCGCCCGCGGAUUGUCUCGGAGCCAGUGGAAUCUGAGAAUCGCGGGCGAGGCAUUGUCUGGUCGGCUGCGCAGGUUUGGGUGUCUAACUGGGAGGAUGCAGGGCCUUAG